CCCCUCUCCUUCUUUUGUGAAUGGAGUUUCCAUAAAAUGUGUAUACUAGUACCGUGUUUGGGCGCUGAUGGAAAAGGAUGGGCAAGCUUUUCAUAUAGACUCGUUUGUUUUCUCUCAGCAUCUGUCUAGUUUAAUUUUAGAAGGGGCGUGUCUUGUUGGAAUUUUGCAGGCAAGUUUUGCGUUUUGGCAUUUUGAUCUCAUCCAUUCACCUACUCCCUUGUGCUCUUUCAUGUCUGUCAAUGUGCCGUGCCCUUGUUCCCUUGAUAUAGUGAAUUGUGCUUCUCUUUCUGCGCUUCUUUUGAGAGCGUUCAAGCACGGUAUUGAAGACAGCGGUGACGACGACUUGACAGCGGGAACCGUGAAGAAACCGUACAUGUGCCAUGAACCUGCUUUGGCGGUUGCUUGAUAGCUGCCCUCGAACAACAAAAAAACAAAAGUUGCAUUGCUCUUUCUCUGACUGCCUUACUCAUUCGCGCUUAGUUGAACAAAAAUGUCUUAACGUCAAGUACUUGACAAAGCUAAAUUUCACAUUGAGUUGGAUAAACAAUAAAAAAGGCAACACAGUCGUGAUUGAGAGCUUUUGUUCUUCAAAAGAGUUCCCCUGACUAACUGCCAUAUGACAGAUUAACCUCCUCUCAAUCAAAGAUGGUAUUGAUAGCUAUAUAGCCUCGAGACAGUCACUUCCGUU